AUGUGGGAGAAGUUAAAGAAGAUCGUGAAGAAAAACUUACUGGUGAUACUGACGGUGACUGCGGUCAUUGCUGGUAUUUGUAUUGGACUCGGACUGCGAAAUGUAAAGCUCUCCCCAGCUCAGGUGAUUUAUUUUGGCUUCCCCGGGGAGUUGUUGAUCAACCUACUGAAGAUGAUCAUCAUGCCACUGGUAGUGUGCAGCCUCAUAUCCGGAGCCACAAGCAUCGACUCAAAAGCUUUAGGGAAACUGGGUGGCUGGGCUAUGCUCUUCUUUUUAGUGACCACAUUACUUUCAUCAUUAAUUGGUGUGAUUAUGGCAUUUGUCAUUCAUCCUGGUUCAUCUGAAGGAGCCAAGCAGAAGGUGAUUUACACUGAUGAGAAUGUAUUCGAGAGUAAGGAGGUGGUGGACUCAUUUUUGGACCUAAUAAGAAACAUCUUUCCCUCCAACCUGGUGGCUGCUACUUUUCAGUCGUAUGCUACUGGUUAUAAGUUUCUGAAAAUCAACACGACUGCUUCCAACAUCACUUUGGAAAAGGUUCCAGUGGGUACAAAUGUGGACAGUAUGAACAUUCUGGGCCUAGUUGUGUUUGCUGUGGUGUUUGGUAUAGCUUUGAAGAGUUUGGGCAAGGAUGGGGAGAACCUAAUUAAGUUUUUUAACUCCUUCAAUGAGGCUAAUAUGAUACUCAUAUCCUGGAUCAUGUGGUAUGCCCCGCUGGGUAUCAUAUUCUUGGUGGCUGCUAAGAUUAUUGAGAUGGAGAAUGUAGGGACACUAUUUGCCAGCUUGGGAAAGUAUAUUGCAUGCUGUCUGAUUGGUCAUGUAGUGGAUGGUCUGAUCAUCCUGCCACUACUUUACUUUGUGAUCACACGGAAGAACCCCUACACUUUUCUCAUGGGCAUAAUUCCUGCUUUGGCAACUGCUUUUGGAACCGCGUCCAGUGCUGCAACACUGCCUUUGAUGAUAAAGUGUGUGGAGGAGAACAACGGUAUAUCAAAGCGCAUGAGUCGCUUCAUCCUACCUAUUGGUGCCACUGUCAACAUGGAUGGAGCCGCUUGCUUCCAGUGUGUGGCUGCUGUCUUUAUUGCACAGUUAAAUGACAUUCCACUCAGCUUUGCCCAGAUUAUUACAAUACUGGUGACAGCCACAGCUUCAAGUGUGGGGACUGCAGGGGUCCCUGCUGGAGGUGUGCUGACGCUGGUUAUCAUUCUGGAGGCAGUGGGAUUGCCCACUACGGACCUCUCUCUUAUCCUGGCUGUAGACUGGCUUGUAGAUCGCACCUGCACAGUCAUCAACGUGGAGGGUGAUGCGUUUGUGGCAGGGCUGCUGCAGCACUUGACUGAUCGCAUGAGCAAGAAAGAGGAGGUCGAGCUGGGUGAAGUACUUUUGGAAGAAGCCGAGAAUCCAGUGAAACCUGAGUAG